UGAGACCUUUGUCCUAUAAAGACUCACAACCCACCACAUUCCAUACUCCCCCAAUUGCUCUGCAUUUGCUCUUUCUAGAGAGAGAGAGAGAGAGAGAGGAUGGAGGAUAUGGCCUCUUUAUGGAGUUAUCAAGAGGGCAUGGAUGAACUGAAGCAGAGGCUUGUGUAUACCAACCUGGAACUGGAAUCAGCAAAUGAGAACAUGAAGCAACUGCUUCAACACCUCAAACAAGCUUGGCAAGAAAGAGAUGAAGCAAGAGACCAACUCCAAAAACUACUUACCAAACUGACUCCUUCCACUCCACCAGCUGAAUUCCUCACUGCCCCACCCCAAUUCCAACCCACCAAAGCUAACUCAAGCAUAACUGAAUCAAACAGCUUAUCCGAUACGUACGGAUCGUCCCCGGUUGAUUCCCUAUUUGAUCCUGUCUCAUCCCCAGAGCUACUCUCCAACAUACCCAACAAGCCAUUUGUUCCAGAAAUGCCUAAUUUCGAUCAAGGUUGUUUGGUGGUUGACAAUUUCGUGAAGGGAAAAGUUCUACCUGAGAAAGGGAAACUGUUGCAGGCUGUGCUCGAGGCAGGGCCACUGCUUCAAACUCUUCUUGUGGCAGGGCCGCUUCCACGGUGGCGGAAUCCUCCCCCUUUUCAAGCAUUUCACAUCCCACCUGUUUCAGUCAAUGGGUGUGGCUCAGAAUUGGUAGUCAAUCACAAGCCAGUUGGAAAUCUAAGCUAUGUGCCUAGAUCGGUGAAUUCUCCACCAUUUGGUGAGAUUCCUUCUCAAAUGUUGACGACAACAUCUAUGUUGAACUUUGCUAGUGGUGGUUAUGUUCCGCCCGGCAAGCGACAAAGAUUCCUGUGAAACCUUAGAUGAUUCCCUGAUUUUCUCUCUAGUAUUUUUCGGUGUACAUUGAUGGUUGAGGGUGUAAAUGGAAAUACUCAGUUUUGGGAUUGAAUGAUAGUAGCUAUUUAACUUU